AGGAGGAACCGCCUGUCUCUGUUAACAGAACAUCUCCAGCCAGCGCUGUGUCUUCACAGUUCGUUGCCUUUCAGAAACACUGGCUGCUUAUCAGGACCGCCAAUGUGCCUGUAAUAUUUCCACCCGCUAAAUAGGUCCUGAAACACCGUAUGGUCCCCUUCAGACACAGUUUAAAACAGGGUUAUGAGGGGUUAGGGGUUGUGUUCUGUGCUGUGGAGUGACACGUAAGGAGGUGUGAAGCAGGAUGCUGGAGGAGGAAGAUGUGGAGGUGGCAGGAGGAGGAAUCAGCCUCCAGGCUGAGGUGGAGAGGCUGACAGCUGAGCUCCAGGAGGCCAACGAAGAGAAGCUCCAAGCUGCUCGGUACGGCCUGGCUGUGCUGGAGGAGAGCGCAGCGCUGAAGAGCAGACACAGCCAGCUGGAAGAGGAGCAUGAGGCCCUUAAACUGGAGGUGCAGCAGCUCCGUGAGGCCCUUGCUGAUUCUGUGAACAGCCAAAAGCGUGCUGCAGCAGAUGGGGAGAGUCGAGAGGAGAGCCUGCUACAGGAGACGGCCAGUAAGGAGGCUGCCAUGGCAACACGAAUGGAGGAGCUGCAGUUGGAGCUAAAGCAGGCUCGUAUGGCACUGACCAAUACUACAGCUGAAAAUGAGAGGCUGGCCAACGUCUCUGCGCAGCUGAAGAAGGAGUGUGAGUGUUUGGACGCCGAGAAGACUCAUGUGAGAGAGGAGUUGAAGGAAUAUAAGGUACGGGAGCUGCAGCAGCUUCAGGACAACAGUGAGCUGGAGGAGGAGAACAUCUCCCUGCAGAAACAAGUUUCUGUUCUCAAAGAAAACCAGGUGGAGUUUGAGGCUCUGAAGGUGGAUCUGACUCAGAAGGAGGAGGAGCAGGAGUUGCUGCGGGCUCAGCUGGAGGAGGCCGGCCGGCUGAGGGAGAUUGCAGAGCGACAGCUGGAUGAGGCCCUCGAGGCCCUGAAGGAGGAGCGCGAGCAGAAGAACAGUCUGAAGAGGGAACUGGCUGCACAAACUCUCAACCCCUUUGACUCGGUGGUCCACCUGGACCUGCAACUAGAUGACAGCUUGGACGGUGGGGGGGACAAGGAGGCGGGAGUAGAAGAGGAGGCGGAGCAGGACAGUGGCUACAACCACUCCAAAGGAAGUGAAAAGCAGCGGUGCUCCACUCCAAGGAGCAGUGACGUCUUCCUCCGGCCUCAGGCUCCAGGGCUAGUGGCUGACCUGCUGAGCGAGCUACACCUGUCUGACAGCCAGAAGCUUAAACAGCAGCUGCUGCAGGUGGAGAAAGAGAAAGCCACUCUUGCCAGUACAGUCCAAGACCUCCAGGAGCAGCUGGCCCUGUCUAAAGAGGUUCUGGAUGAGCAUAAAGUGAAGGUAGAGCAACUCUCCCAGCGUUUGGAAGCCCUGCAGGGUUGCACCUCUUCCUCUGUUUCCCAGUCCAGAACGGACGGGCAAGGGGACAUGACUGGCCUUGCUGCCGGCCCUCACCAGAAUGGUCUGGAGGCAAAAAACGGAGGUGACUUCUAUGAGCUGGACGCCAAAAGUGCAGAAGUGCUCGAGUGCCGAAUGAGAGCAGCCAACGCGGAGCUGAUGCAGCUGCGGGAUGAGCUGAGGGAGGCCGGCGAGCGCUGCAAGGCUCUGGAUGAGCGCUACAAGCAGGAGAAGGAGCGUUGGAGGGCAGAGGCGCAAGAGCUGGCCGACAAAAUCCGCCAGUGCAUUGCUGCAAGCCGGCAGGACCAAGAGCGCAUAGGGCAGCUGGAGAAGGAGAUAGGUGCUACGCGGCGGGUUGCCACAGACUCAGAGGGCCACCUUAGCGCCACGCAGGAGGAACUUCUGGCAUUUUCUGAGGAGUUGGCCAGUCUAUACCAUCACGUGUGUGUGUGCAACAACCUCACACCCAGGCGAGUCACACUGGACUACUAUCGUGAAGGAGCUCGAGGUGGAAGACACCACCAUUCGCACUCUCAUCACCACCACGGAGCUUUCCGGAAGCAGAGGCGGUCGGGGGAGACAUUGGGGAAGGGAGCCCACUCUGUGGAGGUAGACCUCGGAGGACCGAGUGGAGAUACUUCCCCUACCUGUGGAAGCUGUCCUGGGUCGCCCACACUGGACUUCAGGGACCCCACUAAUGUGCGGAACCUGGUAGCUCUUAUUCGGGUCCAGAUUAAACACCUCCAGGUGGCUGUGGACCUGUGCAGGCAGCGUGGCACCUUGCCCUCCAGCGCAAUUGGGAGAAGCAGUGACUCUGACCGUGAUGCAGAGGCAUUGCUUGAGGAGGUGCUGAAGCUCAAAUCUCUUUUAAGCACCAAGAGAGAACAGAUCGCCACACUCAGGACUGUCCUGAAGGCAAACAAGCAGACAGCAGAGUUGGCUUUGAGCAACCUGAAGACCAAGUAUGAAACAGAGAAGAGCAUGGUGUCUGAGACCAUGGUGAAGCUGAGGAACGAGCUGAAGGCACUGAAGGAGGACGCUGCUACCUUCUCCUCGUUACGGGUCAUGUUUGCAAGCAGAUGUGACCAGUACGUAACUCAAUUAGAUGAGAUGCAAAGGCAGCUGGCUGCUGCAGAGGAUGAGAAGAAGACGCUCAACUCCCUCCUCCGUAUGGCCAUCCAGCAGAAACUGGCCUUGACCCAACGAUUGGAGGACUUGGAGGCUCCCUUGCUCCCCCACAGUAACGGGGGCAGCCCACGACGUUCCCGCACGAAGCAGCUGGGUACCAAAUCAGGCCGAGCUCCACGGAGUCCCAUGAGGAGCAGCCCGCGUGCCAGCCCCGUGAUGGUGUCCUCUUCUGGCCCUCAAAGCAUGAGUGGCCAUUUUAGGGCACUCUCGCGCAGCCUCCAUGGCAGCCCUCGAUGAAAGCUCGUCCUCCACCACCCUUCCUCCUACUCCAGUGUAUGUGGACCGUGUUCAUGCCCAGCUCAGAACCACCCUUAACCCUCCAGACCUGACCUGCCAUCCACUUCAUCACAGACCACAACACAUUGGGCUUCUCUUUUUCUUACGCUCUUCAUCUGUCCUUUCUCUUUUUUUAACUGAAAGUUUAUCUUUUUUUGUUUUGUUUUUGUUGAUUUGUUUAUUCUUUCAUUCCUUUCUCUCACCUGCUUCUCUCUUAUCAUUGUGUCAAUUUCUUUGUUUUUGUUUUUGUUUUUUUUUACUCAUGUCACUUUCAUUCUUUUUCUCUCUUAAUUUUCUUUUUCCCCUCUCGCUUUCUGGUCAGUCAGCUCAUGUGUUGUGCAGCUUUGAGGAACUGAAAGCUGCAAGGAGCCUCAUCUCAUUUCAUGAUGGGGGUUUCUGGAGGAAGGCAAGUUUCGCAGCUUGCCUUCAGUCUCUCAUGGACAUUGUACGAAACCAAAAAUCACUCUAAGAGAUCAGUGUGUAAUUUAAAAUUGACCACACGUGAUAAGACUUUUCCUGUGACGUCUUCAUCUACUGUUACCAUGUUCAGAUAGGCUUAUGUAUGAUGGUGGAAAUUGAACCUGCUUUAUAUUUUGAACAACCAUGGUGUGACAACAUUUGGAACUGACCAGUCCUACGGUAUUUAAGGAAAGCUGUUAUGUUCAGAAUAACAUUUGUAUGCUACAUUCCCUACUUUCACGCCAUCAUUAACAAUAACAUUGCUCCAGUGCUUUGUCCUUCAGACAUCUGUAUCGAAACCUGUUGAUUGGGGUUCAUCUGUGUUUGCUGAAAGAUGACCUUUUUGUAUCCUGCGACGACAGUAGAUGCUUUGCCCUUUAAAGCUGUUUCAUCUUCUGUACCUCAGAUUCAGUGGAGAGAGGUGCUAAUACAAAGUGAUCAGUAGCUGAAACUGUUGUCUAUGCAGAGGUAGAGGUCUUGCUGCUAACCAGACCAAGCAUAAAACAUGACCAAUCAAGGUUGUCCAGUCAACGAUACUGCCAGUAAUUUUGAUCUUCAGCACAGGGUUAAAUACACAGCACUGUUAUAUCAAAUAAUAAUGCUCUGUUACAAGUAUGGGACAAAGCCAUGUUUGUUCUUUUUACUUAUUUAAUUAAAACUAUGUUGAAAUUUUCUCAAAGCAAUAUGGCACUAGUUUAUGCUAAAGGGAACACAUCAUGGGGGGAAAAUAGGAUCUGAAAAUAGUGCCUUAUUGUUUUUUUUUGUUUUGGGUGGUGCGCGUCAUUGGUUUUUAGACUAAACAGACUUUGUAGGUAUUUGAUGCAAUAAUUUAUUUAAUUGUUUAGUUUUUUUUUUUUGUUGUUGUUUUUUUGAGGUCAAUUGUGUGCAUUACUGUGCAGUUACUGAUUGCCCUGUUCUUCAAUUUAUUGGUAACUGACAUAAUUUGUGGCAAAAAUGUAGGUCAUAGCAACUUAUAGGCCUCACUGCUCUUGUCAGAGCGGUGAGGUUGUGGAUGUAUUUGUGAGAUUUCUUAUUUGUAGUUAUUUAACUGUCAGCAAAUGUUAAAACUGGCUAGCUUGCCAUCCUGCAAGUUGGUCAGCAGCAUGCUAAUAACACAUGAGUGGAGUGGUUGUACUUGGCCUGCAUUGUUACUGUGUGAAGACAGUGUUGUUAUCCUUGCAGACUUUGCUUGUCCUGACAAAGAAUCACUAUUGAAAGGUCUCCAUGGAAGAAGUAUAUUGUAAGCUACAGAGGUUCUUUGGUCUUCAUAAUGUCUUACCUCAAUAUGAAAAUCUUGCCUGUUCAGACCUUUUAAAUUCUAUAGCCUUUUUAACCCUUUGGUUCCCUUUGAUACAUUUUAUUGUCACUGAUCUCCUUUAAAAAGAUGUAAUUUUCAUACACCAGUCCCAGACAUUUUUGUGAAAUAAGUGUAGGAUAUGAAUAAAGUUAUUGAAAGGUCA